CUGAGCUGUAACGGCUGUUCCAGGGGAUUCGUCAGCGCAGUGUUAUUGUUUGUAUAUUUUAACCGCACAUAUAUCCAAAUGAAGCACUUAAUGUACUAUAUUAAUACAUUAAAUGCACUGCUAGUGUAUUUGGGAUCAGGCUAGAUACGAAGUUGUACACUUUUACAAUGAAACCAGAAUUUGAUCUGCCGUUCUGUUGGUUUGCUGUUAGUAAAAACACUUAUUUGUCUUGUUAUUAACGUAUAAAUUGCGUCAGGGCAGUAGAAGAUUUACUUAGUCGUUCUGACAGGCACACAUAAAUCCGUUUUGAAAACCCCUUUAAAUUGUGACCUCAGCUCCGAGGGAGGUUUAACACACGCCCCACUCUCCAAAAAGUGUGUUUCUCAUGCAUGACUGGCUCAUUUGAAUCUAGUGAGGGAGAAGACCUCCGUUCCUCUGCGUUAUUCGGGCUGAUCGUCUCUUAUCUCGGCAUCCGAGAAACGCUCCCGCUAAUCGCCCAUCAUUGGGAUCGUGAACGCUGACUCCCCAAUGCUAGAAGAAGAAGAGGGAAACCCUGUCUGCCUGUGAGGCGAUCAGAGAAAAAACGGACACAUACCCGGAGCUUCUCCAGUAGAAGUUCGGAACGAGAGAAAAAGAGAUAGAAAGGAAGAAUAGUGUUAUUAUUGUAAUUCCCCCCCUACAGAUUAGCCGAUUUGAAACAUCAAAAAUGACUAGAAGAUCUUGUGCCAUUUACGCCACCGGGAUCGUGUGCGCUCAUUUGCUCAUCUUGGGAAUCGCCCUUCUGGUGGCUCAAGUCUUCCAAACAAUGAUUCAGGAACGGAUCAAAAAGGAGAUCACACUGGCUGAGAACAGUAGAGUAUUGGAGGGCUGGAUCAAUCCACCUCCACCUGUUUACAUGCAGUAUUUCUUCUUCAAUGUUACCAACUCCGAUGAGUUUUUGGCUGGGAAGGAGAAGCCCAAAGUCACUCAAAUAGGGCCAUAUACCUACAGGGAAUAUCGACCCAGGGAAAAUGUCACCUUUCUUGAGAAUGGGACGAAAAUCUUUGCCACAAAUCCCAAGAGCUUUGUGUUUCUUCGCAACAUGUCAUCGGGAGAUCCUGCGGUUGACCGUGUGAUAACGGUUAACAUUCCAUUCAUUGCCGUGAUGAACGAGUUAAACUCCUACUCCUUCUUUCUGAGGUCUGCUGUGUCUAUGUGGAUGGGAUCCAUGGGCAUCGAGGUGUUUAUGAAUCGCACAGUCCAUGAGGUCCUGUGGGGUUUCAAAGAUCCGCUGCUGUCCAAACUCCACGCCAUGAGACCAGAAGUGGAUGAGCAUUUCGGCCUUAUGUACAAUAAAAAUGGAACCCAUGAGGGUGAAUUUGUUUUCCACACUGGAGAGAAGAACUACAUGGACUACGGCAAGAUUGACACGUGGAACGGCAUCAGUCAGAUGAACUGGUGGUCGUCUAACCAGAGCAACAUGAUCAAUGGUACCGAUGGCAGUGUCUUCCACACCUUCCUGUCCAGGAAAGAGCUCCUCUACAUCUUUGCUGCUGAUCUGUGCCGAUCCAUUCAUUUGGCUUACGUGGCUGACAAAGAGGUGAAGGGCAUCCCUGCCUUCCGCUUCGCCCCUCCUUCAGAUGUACUCGCUCCCCCAGAUGAGAACCCCAGUAACGCUGGCUUCUGCGUGCCUGCUGGGGACUGUCUAGGAAAAGGAGUCCUCAAAGUCAGCGUCUGUCGACAAGGUGCACCCAUUGUUGUGUCAUUCCCUCAUUUCUACCAAGCCGAUAAGAGGUACAUCAAUGCCAUCGACGGAAUGAACCCAAAUGAGGAAGAACAUGAAACAUACCUCGACAUCAACCCGACCACAGGGGUUCCCAUUCGUGCCUGUAAGAGAGCUCAGCUCAAUGUCAUACUGAAGCGAGUCUCUGGCUUCCCCAAAACAAAAUUCCUGAAUGAGACCAUUUUCCCCAUCAUGUAUGUCAAUGAGACGGCAACUAUUGACGAUGAGUCUGCAGCCCAAAUGAGGAUGCUUCUGCUGAUUGUAACAGUUAUGUCCAACUUCCCAGUCAUCAUUGUGGGACUGGGGGUCAUUUUACUUGUGGUCCUGAUCUUCCUCGUCUGCAGGAACCGCCAGAGAAAGAAUGAAGUAAAACGUAUUGAUUUUACUGAAGCUUUUCAUUCUUUUGCUACGACGAAGGAUGAAACGGCUUAUACCCAAGUGAGCAACCAAGCAGAGGAUUCGCCAGAGAACCGCACCAAUCAGCCUUUGAGGAACGGAUCUUACAUCGCCAUGUCGCCAGUAGAGGCGCAAAAGUGUUGAUGAAGAUGACUGGUGGAGUCUCGCCUAAAGACAUCACGUCUAUCUUGCUCACCCUUUUUAUAUGGUAGUUUUCACCUGUGCGAUUCGUCUUCGGGGACCAGGCCCUGCACGCUCACCACUGUUUGCCGAGGGUCACUUAUUUGACUCGUGACUUUUUUGUUUCCUUGAGCAUGGCCUUUCAAACUGCCAUAU